UGCCCCAGCUCCCUCCCGCACCAAACUCCCUCCCAGGAAAAAGACUUGUACACAGGGGCCUCACAAAAUCACAUAGCCCCAGGUCCACAGGAGAGUUAAUCCAGCCUGGAGAUUUGUAAAAGCGAGGGUGAUUAACCACUGAAACAAACUCCCAGGGGGAAUGGGGAUUCUCCAUCUCUUGAUCUCGUCAGAUCCAGACAGGGUGCUGUUCUGGAAAUCCUGCUUGUCACGCUGUCUGGAGUGGCUCAAGUGCCUACCUCAGGGCAGACUGUCAGAAACAGGGCAGGCAGCCCAAACUGGCGGUAUGUUCUGGAAUUAGAUUUCACCAAGCCAGUACCAAAUGUGAACCCCUGGAUCAUUAGAACAGUCUGACUAUGAAGUCACAGACAGUCCCCUUAGGCUACGUCUGUACGGUGGAUCUUACAGCUGCACUGCUGUAAGGUCUUCAGUGUAGCCACUGUACGCCAGCAGGAGAGCGUCUCCCCUCGACUUAAUUCAACCACCCCCGAUGAACUGACAGGCUGGGGACACGCUGCUUUGGUGGUAGUUCUGGGCUUUCACCCUCAGCGUUCUGACUCCAGCUGCAGCCACCAAAAGGCCAUUCCAACAACUGGAGCUCGGGCUGGGAGCCUCUGAGGCCAUUUCCUGUAUGCUGCUGUCUUCCUAGCCUUUGGCCAGGGCUUGAGAGGUUUGUGUGCUUUGAGUGGCUGACAAAAGCAAAUCACAGCAUCAGAGUAGGGCUGCUUUGUCUAGUGGUUAAGGAGCCACCUUGGGACUCCGGAGUCCCUGGCGCUGGAGAGAGGGGACACUUAUGGCCACGUGUAGAGGGCUAAUAGGUGGGCUCAGCAUGUAGCCUCGGGAAAUGCUCUGCUCACAGGCACACUGACCUGUAGGCCCCUUCUAGGGAAAAGAGUCACCCAGGUUCCCCCGGGAAGAUGGGGGUGGGAAUGGACCAGAUGAGGGAGGUUGGUUAGCCUCUGAGUGCGCUGGCUGCGCCUGCACAGUGCCAGGUGCCCCUGCGUCUGUCAGGAGUGCUGGGAAGGACUCGCUUGUUGGUGCCUGGGGCAGCAGCCAGCUUGGUUCCACAGAGAACCCAGAGCCAGAGGCUUAAUGAGCCGAGGUUCACAGACCCAUCUGAGCUCCAUCAGCCCUCUGGCCUGGGGUGAUGCUGCCCUGUCUGUGUGCUGCCAGCUGCUGCCAGCCUGGGGUAUGAAACGUCAUCUCUUUCACCAGGGCAGCCAUCCAAAGGAGAAACCAAGGCCCCAGGCCCAAUGCAUGGAUGAAAGCCCAGUGGGGUCCAUGUCUCACUGACCCUGUGGGCCCCUGUCCUGCUGAAGGCACUGGAAGACAUUCGUGACAGUGGGGCCAAGCCCGUGAUGGUUUAUAUCCAUGGUGGCUCCUACAUGGAGGGCACAGGGAACAUGAUUGAUGGCAGCAUCCUGGCCAGCUACGGCAACGUCAUCGUCAUCACCCUCAACUACCGUGUGGGCGUGCUAGGAUUCCUGAGCACCGGGGACCAGGCAGCCAAGGGGAAUUAUGGGCUCCUGGAUCAGAUCCAGGCUCUGCGCUGGAUCAGUGAAAAUAUUGCCUUCUUCGGGGGGGACCCCCUGCGAAUCACUGUCUUUGGCUCUGGCAUCGGCGCCUCCUGUGUCAGUCUGCUCACUCUCUCCCACCACUCAGAAGGUCUCUUCCAAAGAGCCAUCAUCCAGAGUGGCUCUGCUCUCUCCAGCUGGGCAGUCAACUACCAGCCUGUGAAGUAUACCAGCCUGCUGGCCGACAAGGUGGGCUGCAACGUGCUGGACACUGUGGACAUGGUGGAUUGUCUGCGACAGAAGAGUGCCAAGGAGCUGGUGGAGCAAGAUAUCCAGCCAGCCCGCUACCACGUGGCCUUCGGGCCCGUCAUCGAUGGAGAUGUCAUCCCGGACGACCCUGAGAUCCUGAUGGAGCAAGGCGAGUUCCUGAACUACGACAUCAUGCUGGGGGUGAACCAGGGUGAGGGGCUGAAGUUUGUGGAGGGUGUGGUGGAUCCCGAGGAUGGUGUCUCGGGCAGUGACUUUGAUUACUCCGUCUCCAACUUUGUGGAUAACCUAUAUGGCUACCCAGAGGGGAAGGACACCUUGCGGGAGACCAUCAAGUUCAUGUACACAGACUGGGCGGACAGGGACAACCCCGAGACACGUCGCAAAACCUUGGUGGCCCUGUUCACUGACCACCAGUGGGUGGAGCCGUCAGUGGUGACGGCUGACCUGCAUGCCCGCUACGGCUCCCCAACCUAUUUCUACGCCUUCUACCACCACUGCCAGAGCCUCAUGAAACCUGCAUGGUCUGACGCGGCCCAUGGAGACGAGGUGCCUUACGUCUUCGGGAUCCCCAUGAUUGGCCCCACUGACCUCUUCCCUUGCAACUUCUCCAAGAAUGACGUCAUGCUCAGUGCCGUGGUGAUGACGUACUGGACCAACUUCGCCAAGACGGGGGACCCCAACAAGCCUGUCCCCCAGGACACCAAGUUCAUUCACACCAAGGCCAACCGCUUUGAGGAAGUGGCGUGGUCCAAGUACAACCCUCGCGACCAGCUGUACCUGCACAUCGGCCUGAAGCCGAGAGUGCGAGACCACUACCGAGCCACCAAGGUGGCCUUCUGGAAGCACCUGGUGCCCCACCUGUACAACCUGCACGACAUGUUCCACUAUACCUCGACCACCACCAAAGUGCCGCCGCCAGACGCCACGCAGAACUCACACAUCACCCGCCGGCCCAACGGCAAAAUCUGGACUACCAAGCGCCCGGCCAUCUCCCCGGCUUACAACAGCGAGAACCCCAGGGAGAAGUGGAGCCCGGAGCAGGAGGCUGGCACGCUGCUGAUCGAGAACCCCCGGGACUACUCCACCGAGCUGAGCGUCACCAUCGCUGUGGGGGCCUCCCUGCUCUUCCUCAACGUGCUGGCCUUUGCUGCGCUCUACUACCGCAAGGACAAGCGCCGGCAGGACACACACCGCCUGCCCAGCCCCCAGCGCAGCGCCCCCAACGACAGGGGCCACACGCCCGAGGAGGAGAUCCCCUCCCUGCAGAUGAACCAGGCCCACCAUGAGUGCGAGUCAGGGCAGGCGCACGAUGCCCUGCGGCUCACCUCCCUGCCCGACUACACGCUGACCCUGCGCCGCUCCCCAGACGACAUCCCUCUGAUGACCCCCAACACCAUCACCAUGAUCCCCAACUCCCUGGUGGGCUUACAGACCCUGCACCCCUACAACACCUUUGCAGCAGGGUUCAACAGUACGGGGCUGCCGCACUCACACUCCACCACCAGGGUAUAGCUCCAGGGGCUGUGCCCACCCAUGCCUGCUCACAUCCACGCACACAGAGGACACUGGCAGGAGCUGACGGAUGCAGAUUGGGCAGCACACACGGACGGACCCACCUGGCGGGGUGGAGCAGAGCCCCAGGGCUGGCAGGACCCCUGCUGUGGGACAGGUGGGCUGCUCGCUCCUCCGGCUCGCUCGCUCUUCUGUUUUUAUUUUCUAAAGUGCUUUGACUCUCCGUGUGCUGAGAGGGCUGACGCCGGGGCAGCAGGGCCCAGCCAGAGCGGUGCAGGAGAACGACAGCAGAGCAUGUGCAGAGAGCGUCACCCAGCCCUGCACGCUGCAUCCCGCUGGAAGCCCCCGUGCAGGACACUGAGAAGGACUCGUCUAGGGAGGAGGUGAUGGCGUGCCUUCCCCUUGGCCUGGACAUGGCACUAGAGGACUCUGCACCACUCGGGAGGUGGUGCCUCCCAGAGCCCUCUCCCCUCCUCACAAGUACAUUGGGGACUGGCUAGCAGCUGUCCUUGGCAUUCUCUUUCCACUGGACCUGUUGGGUUGAUUGAAAUUUGCCAUUCAAAGUG